AUGGCUGGGUCACAUCUAGAUGGCAUGGAAGCAGAGGCGUUCGAACUACCAACAAACAUCACUACAAUUCCUCAAACACCAGUCCAAAGCUACAUUCAGGAGACGCUAGCAUCAAUCCUGGAUGAACUGUCCUCCCCUGAAGGCCAACCGUCCAUUACUCUCAAACAGAGAGGCAAAAGGUUCGCAUCAUUAUUCAUCAACCCACAAACACAGGCCCUGGAGACCUCAGAGAUGCAGACAUACACCACCUACAGAUGGCCCGGCAGAGAUGAGAACGAAGCCUGGAGAUUCACUGUCACAUUACGGGUCCUCGCAGCCAUUGCAGAGGCAGUUCAGGAGGGGUUGGUGGUUUCCAAGAGAGACAUAUACUACAGUGACCCCACCUGCUUUGGCACCCAGAGAACCGUCGAUACCCUCGUUGAUGACUUGACCCACACAAUGGGGGUGGAUCGUGCUGCAUUAUAUGUGGAAGCAGCAGCAAAGGGACUCGUUGUGGGAUACUAUCAAAUGAUCAGUAAAAGCGGUGCAGUGGUGGAUGCGCGUUUCUCAAACCAGGCCGUAUAUCGUCGACUCGCGAGCAGCAACUAUCAAUUCAAAUCCGCAGCAGGCAAGGGUAUCCUUGUUACCGGGAAAGGAUAUCCCGACCUCAACACUCGGGCAUUCGUCCGAAAGCUCUUCGACCACAGCCGCCAACUCACCAAACGACCGCAGUUCUACGCCUUAGUAGACGCCGACCCAGACGGAAUGGCCAUCAUGGCCACAUACAACUACGGUUCAGUGGCUUUUACACACGAGAACCGGAACUUGAAUGUCCCAGGUCUCCACUGGCUGGGACUGAGAAUAACGGAUGUGGUUGCAGGCGCUGAUCCGCUAGACGAUAACACAGUACUCCAUCUCACAAAAAGAGAUAGGAAGAAGGUUGUCGCUAUGCUGUCCAGAAAUCCUAUCUGGGCGGCCGAUGGCCCGGAGCCGGGAUGGCGAGUCGAGCUGCAGCGGAUGCUCAUGCUGAAUGUCAAGGCAGAGACGGAGAUCCUAUAUGACAUGGAGGGAGGGUUGACCCGAUGGUUGGAUCGGAAGCUGAGUAGUAGGUAG